AGGCACAUACUAUGGCCAGCACCACUCUUACAGGUUGCAGAGUAUAAAAACCCCGGGAAGGACAGACAACCUAGUUAGUUGUCAGUGUAGUUUCAGUGUUUACCAAGUGGAGGCUUAAGACCUCUUUUGAAUAAUGGCACGGUCCAAAUAUACUACUGUUUUAUGGUUUUUAUCGUUAGCGAUAGCCCUUCAUCUAGCAUGCGCAGAUAAAGGAGGCGGAGGAGGCGGAUACGGCCAAGAUUCCUAUUCGGCUCCGCCCAGUUCUGGCUAUGGAGCACCCGCUAAAGCAUCCAAAGCCAAGGGAUACGCAGCACCAAAAGCACCAAAGGCCCCCAAGGCCCCCAAGGCUCCUAAAGCUCCCAAAGCCCCUGCUCCAGUGAAAUAUGCCGGACCUAUUGUUUACACAGCUGAGAAGCCACCAGUCAUCUACUUUCCUCCUCCACCUCUUCCGCAAAAGCCGAAGAAGGAGAAAUCAAAGGGAAAGGGAUACGGAUAUGGAGCUCCCGAGCCUGAAUACAAACAGCCCAAGGCUGAACAUCCCAUCAAAUACGUCCCACUUCCUCAUCACGACCUUCCCGUCUUGAUCUACCAGUCCGAUAGCCAGCCGCCUAUUCACGUUGUCCACCCGCCUGCGGGAGAUUACGCCCCGGCUCCGGCCCCGCAAUAUCAGUCAUCGUACGAACAACAAGCCCCAGCUUAUGAUGCAGGAUCGGCUUACGCUGCAUCAGCUCCGGCUCCUUACUCUCCCCCACCACCACCGACUUACGACGCGGCUCCUCCCGCAUACGAAGCCGCUCCAGCACCGGCCUAUCCCCAACCGCAACCGUACGAAGCCGCUCCGGCUUAUCCUCAGCCGCAACCUUACGAAGCUGCUCCGGCUUAUCCUCAGCCGCAACCUUACGAAGCUGCUCCGGCUUAUCCUCAGCCGCAACCUUACGAAGCUGCUCCGGCUCCAACUUACGAUGCCGCUCCCCCAGCACCCGUUUACGACGCAGCCCCCGUUCCGGCUUACCCGCAACCCCAGCCGCAGUCGUACGAGACUGCUCCUUCGGCGUCUGCUUACGCACCACAACAACAAUCUUACGAUGUGGCUCCAGCACCGGCUUACCCGCAACCCCAGCCGUACGAAACUGCGCCGUCAGCUUCAGCUUACGCUCCCCAACAACAGUCGUACGAUGUGCCUGCUGCUCCUGCUUACGAAGCCGCACCUGCUCCUUACACUCCUCCUCAGCAGUAUUACGAUGCUGCUCCUGCUCCGGCUUACGCCCCACAACCGGCUCAGUAUGAACCUGCGCCUGCCCCCGCUUACGAAGCAGCUUCUUCUGGACAGGCUUACGCCACGGCUCCUGCUUACGAACAACCGGCUCCCUCGUACGAACAAGCUCCUCCGGCUUACGCUCCCCCAGCUUACGAACAGCCGGCUCCAGCUUACGAUCAGCCCGCCCCAUCUUACGAGCAAGCUCCACCAUCGUACGCACCACCCGCCCCAUCUUACGAGCAAGCUCCACCAUCGUACGCACCGCCCGCCCCUGCUUACGACCAACCAGCUCCUUCUUACGAUCAGCCCGCUCCCGCUUACGAUCAGGCUCCCGCUUAUCCCGUUGCUUCGACUGAGCCACUUUACUUAAGCGCCCCUCCGGCUCCAGCUCCAGUUUACGUCAACCAACCCGAUCCUUAUUAUGCCGCUCCCGCACCAUCAUACGGAGCUCCCAAGAAGCCAAAGGCUCCCAAGGCUUCUUACGGUGCACCAAAGCUGCCUAAGAUUUCCUUGCCCAAGAUCAAGAGCAAGGGUUACGGCGCUCCCAAGAAACCCAAGGCAUCUUACGGCGCCCCUAAGGCUCCCAAGGCACCCAAGGCACCCAAAGCUAAAGGAUACGCUGCUCCUAAAGCCCCUAAGGCACCCAAAGCAAAGGGAUAUUCAGCCCCCAAGGCACCCAAGGAGAAGGCACCUAAAGCACCUGAAGCUCCACACAUCGUUUACGCAGGACACCCGCCCAUCCACGUCUACCAGCAGCCCGAAGCUUACAUCACUCCCGAACAACCUAAAAAGGCACCCAAGGCUCCUAAAGCUCCCAAAGCUAAGGGAUACUCGGCACCCAAGGCCCCUAAAGCACCCAAAGCCUCAUACGGCGCACCCAAAGCCCCAAAGGCACCAAAAGCACCUAAAGCUAAAGGUUACGGAGCACCAAAGGCCCCCAAGGCAUCUUACGGAUCUCCCAAAGCACCUAAAGCACCUAAAGGACAGUACGGAAAGGCCCCCAAAGCACCUAAAAGCAAAGGAAACACUUACGAGCAACCCAAAGCCAAGGGAGUGUACGUACCAGCCCCCAAAGCCUACCAUAAGCCACCCAUCAUCAUCUACCAGGGUGUCCGUCCACCAGUGCACGUUUACCAGGCCCCCGUUGCCGAAUACGCCCCGGCUCCCAGCUACGGAUCUGCCCCACCUUCUUACGAUGCCGGUUACUCUGUCCAAGAGCCAGCUUACGAUAGCGGAGCCGGUUACGCACCUCAGCCACCAGCUUACGACGCCGGAGCCACUUACGAUGCUGGAGCCAGUUACGCUCCUCAAGCACCAGCUUACGAUGCUGGAGCUAGUUACGCUCCUCAAGCACCAGCUUACGACGCUGGAGCCGGUUACGCUUCUCAGGAGCAAUCGUAUGCACCUCAAGAACAAUCGUAUGCUCCUCAAGAACAAUCGUACGCUCCACAAGAACAAUCGUACGCACCCCAAGAGCCAUCUUACGGCGGAGCAGCAGACUACGCUCAGCCAGCACCGUCCUACACUGACGCUGGUUCUCAACCCGAUUAUUCCCAACAGCAGCCCCAAGCUUACGAUGCCGGUGCAAGCUACUCUGUAGCUCCUGCCGCUCCCUCAUACGAUCAACAGCCACAGCAAGAACAAGCUCCCGCUUACGACGCUGGAGCUGCUGCGCCAGCCGCUGGCGGUUACGCAGUCAAGAGCGACGAAUGGACGCCGGUGAGCGGAGGUUCGGCUCCUGGUUUCGCUGUGCCCGGCGCAGCCAAUUACUUCCCCGUUUACAAUCGGGGUCAAGUUUACGGGCUGAGAAACGCUAAAUCAUCAGACGAACAGCAAAAGCAAGUGGAAGCUGAUGGAGAGAGUCCAGUCGAACUGACAGUCGGAUCGGCGCUAACGAUCGAUAGCCAGGACGAAGAGUAAAAUAGAAGGAGAGUUUUAAAAAAAAAAGGGUUAUUUUUCACCGUUCCCUGUUCCAUGCGGAUGGAACAGAUUUUCACUUUCUAAACAAAAAUUUCCACCUCUCUCUAUACCGUCUUUUAUUUUAUCAUUUUAACAACAAAAAUUACCCUGCUGAUGAUGAGACUGUUGUCCCAGCCGAGUCCUCCCUAGUUCCCCCCCCCCCAUCCCACUCUAUCUAUUGUAACCUUGUUUUAUUUAUUCUUUUUCCCCAAUCCCGGACUCUCCCCCUCAAAUCACGAGACGCUCCGAUUCUAGGUGUGUCGGAGUCAAACGUUGCCAACACGUCAGACGACACAGAGUAAAAGAGAAACAAAAAAAAAACAAAAAACCAACGCUCAUACUACAAAGACGAUAAUUAUUAUAUCUAAUUUACAUCUGACGAAAAAAGAAAGAAAAAAAAAACAACGACCAUCUCUUUGACAUGAAACUUUAAAAUUUUAAAAAUUCAUCAAAUACAAAAAACUACAAAAAUGACAGAAGCUCAACGAAGCAAAUUUUUUUUUCUCGACUUUUUUUUUUUUUUACGGAUUUGACGAGACGGGACUGAAAGACGGAUUUUGUUUUUGUUGAAAAAAAAAAAAUGAAGAAAAAGAAUGACAGGAUGAAGAUGACAUCCAGCUGGUCUGUGGUAGACUCUGAUUCUCUGAAUUGUAAUCGCUUUUGUUAUGACACAUUGACGCUCUCACCCCGGACUUGUUUUAUUUAUACGAAAGGAAAAGUAUGAGGACAUCAAACUUCUGCGCUUUGUCUUGCAAUUUUUUGUCAUCACGUCAAGAUGCGGAAAAGAAAAAAAAUCAAAACCAAGAACUUAAAAACUUUGCCAACGUUGACUUACGCCACCCUAGGAUCUUGAGACUUGACUCUAGUUCGCUGUAAAUAGCACCCGACUUUUGACGAUGCCCAACCCACAAUCCUCUCCCUUCCAUCUUUCCUUCAACUUUUUCACACACUUUCGACAUGUUUUUUUCUUUUGUCCAAAAAAAAAAAAAGAAAAAAAGGAAGUUGUUUCUUCGUGUUACCAAGAAAUUUUCUUUUCUUUUUUUUUUUUUUUUGAUCGGAUCAUUUCUCCAGACAGCGCCUUACGCUUCUUGGUCAUUCAGCAUUCGGAUAUUUUAUACUGUAGCAACGUCAGCGAGUGCAGUUAAUGUUAAUCUAUUAACGUGUGUGUGUGUGUUGCCUUGCAGUUGACGGAUCGCCUAUUCUUUCUUGAUCGAAGUUUUUUUGUUUCCCCUUCGUUUGUUGUUGCUUGUAUUAUCGGUCGGGAUUUUCACAACAAGAAUACUGUCUCUCGCAGAAUGACCAGUGUGCAAGGCCAUAUCUGGUGCCGUGCUCAACUAUUGUUAUCAAAGAUAUGUGGCAUUUUCAAAUACCUUCUCCAUCCCUUAUCCCGCAUUUUUUUCCCCCCCUCCCAAUUGGUUUUGCAAAGAUUAGCUCUUUAGUGUAAUGUAAGGUAUGGCCUGUGGCCAUUUAUUUUCUCCCCAAAUGUCCGACCAAUCUGGUUAUCCCCCUCCAUUAAUUUAUGCAUUAUCUUCUAACAGGAAUACACUACAUAAAAUAAGA